AUGUAAAACCAUGAAAAAAAGUAAAAAAGCAGACCUAGAAAAGGUCAAAAAUAAAGAAAUUUAGGAGACAAAUCCAAUUUUGAUAGUGUUAAUUUCAAAUCCAAUUAGGCGGCAUGUGAAUAUGAGUAUUUAAUAUUUUCUAAAUAUAGAUAAACGACCACUAAGAAAGUUAAGAAUGAGAUAACAAUAUCUCCAAUAAUGGUUUAAGAAAUUCCUUUUACAUAACAAAGAAUUUAAUAAUUAAAUUCAAAAGUGUAAGAGAAUUUGAUUUGCGAGGAAUUUGUAAAAGAUUUAUCUUCAUUUACAUUUAAUAAUUGUUAAGAAAAUAAUUAAGAAGAAGAGUAAGAAACUUUGAAUGAGUUUAUGAGAGAAUAAGUAAAAUUUGAAGAAAUUUAUAGUUAUUAAAAAAACUACUUAAACAACUAGAAAGAAAUUUAAAGUCAUAUGGUGGCUAUUUUAUUUGAUUGGUUGCUUGAAGUAGCUCAUUCAUUUAAUUUUAAAAGGGAAACAUUUUAUUUAUCUAGAAAUUACGUUGAAAGAUUUCUUCUUAGAUAACAAAAUGUUUUAAUAUCUAAAUUUUAACUUCUUGGAGUAGCAGCCAUUUUCAUAGCUCAUAAAUGUGAAGAAAUUUAUCCUAAAACAUUAAGAGAUUUUCAUAAACUUAUUUAAGAUUAAUAUUCAAUUUAAGAAAUAGAGGAAAUGGAAGUUUCAAUAUUAAAAUCUCUUGAUUUUAGAAUGAAUCCAAAUACUCCUAUAUUUUGGUUGAAUUAUUACACUAAAUUAUGGGAUGAAUUCAUUAUUAAUAAAGAACCUAAAGUCUUAUUAAAAGAAAGAACUAAUUAAUCAUACUAUAGAUAUAGAGAACUAGUUUAAUUGUUUGACAUAUGCCUUAUAGAUUAUAGAUUUAAGGAAAAUGAAAAAAUUACAGCUUUGAGCUUGAUCUAUUUAGUAAUUGCCAAAUCCUUACAAAUAUUUCAAGAUUAUAGAACCAUGGCUAAUUCUCAAACCAAAAUUAAAAGCUUUUUUGAAUCAAACCAUGAGUAUAAUUAAAUUUUCAGAUAAUUUAUUGAAAUAUCAGAUAUAUAUUUACAUUUUGAUAGAAGAAUAUAAGUAAAUUAAUCUAUAACAACUUAGUAUGAAGAUUUAAGAGAUGUUGUAUGUGAAACUACUUAAUAUUUCAUUCUUCGAUUUGAUAAUACUUUACCAAGAAUAUUAUUGAAUAAUUAGGAUUUUAUAGAUGAAGUAUUUUGUAAUAUAAAAUUUAGUUGUAACAUGAAGAGUUACUGUCCUUUUAGACUUAUAAUAAAAGUACUAUAGAAACUAUAAAUUUCCUCUUAAAACAAUAAUAAUGA